AUGUUUGGUGGUUUAUAUGAUGACAUCCACAAUGAUGAUGAAGACGAACUUAAUACUUUAAAAAAUAACAAUAAUAAUAAUAAUAAUAAUAAUAAUAAUAAUAAUAAUAAUAAUAAUAAUAAUAAUAAUAAUAAUAAUAAUAAUAAUAAUAAUAAUAAUAAUAAUAAUAACAAUAUAAAUAAUAAUGAAAAUAAUAGUCAAGGUUCUUCAGAAAAAAAUAAUCCUGUAGUGAAUAAUAAUAGUAAUAUUAAUAAUGUAGCUAAAAUACCCCCAAAAUUACUUCAGGCACAGGCAUUGAGAGUUAAAGCCCAACAGAAAAGGCAACCUAUCAAAUCUAUUCAAACAAAUACGGACAAGCAAAUAAAACCCAAUUUACAACAACAGCAACAACAGCAACAACAAAACCAACACCAGCAACAACAGCAACAACAGCAACAACAUCAACAACAUCAACAACAUCAACAACAUCAACAACAACAUCAACAACAUCAACAACAAACUUCAAUUACAGAUAUAUUAUUUAAUGAUUUUCAAGAAGAAGAUGAUAAAAUUUUAAAUGAAUAUGACCCUUUCAUACCAAAUGACUAUGAUAAAAUUUUAAAAGAAAAAGAAAGAAUAGAACAAGAAAGACUUAAUAAAUUCCAAUCUCAACAACAGCAGCAAAUUCCACAAAGAAUUAGGAAUGAUCAAAUUCAACAACAACAACAACAACAACAACAACAACAACAACAACAACAACAACAACAACAACAACAACAACAACAACAACAAUUACAACAAAAACAACAAGAACAACAACUACAACAAUCAAUAGAGAUUCAAUAUUCAAAAGUACCAACUAAAAUAUUAUUAUUAUUAAAUAUAACUACUAGAAGUGAAAUCGAUUCAGAGUUGGAAGAGGAUAUGUUAGAUGAAUUUAAAAAAUAUGGUAAAGUUAACAGGGUUGUUAUACAUCCAAUCACCAAUCAAGAACAAGUUAGAAUUUUCAUAUAUUUCGACGAUGUAAACUCAACAAGAGAUGCCCUAUCACAAAUGAAUAAUAGAUACUUUGCUAAAAGAAAAGUUGAAGCUCACUAUUAUAAAGAAAAUUUAUUCUUUAAAAAUAAAUUAGAUCCUUAA